AGUGCGUACAUUUAUAUUUUAUUUUAAUAUUUAUUCUACUCUAUGUACCAUAGAUUUUAGCACUCUUCGGUGCGAAAGCAAAUGGCCGCCGGUUGUAAUAUUACAUUUUCUUAAAUUGCGUCUAAUGUUCGUUAUUUCAAGUCAAUGUGUUUUUACAGUAUUGAUAGAUAAAUUAAGUUUUUUCAUAGGAAGUUAAAAAUAUAAGGCGCAGCGAUGUCGCUGCCGCCCUAUCUAUUGGGGCCCAACCCAUGGGCCACGAUGAUGGCCCAACAGCAAUUAGCAGCGGCGCAGCAGGCAGCAUUGCAAGCUCAUGCCGCCGCGGCUGCGGCUGCACCUCCUGUGCCUCCAUCACAACCUCCUAAACCCCAUCACAUUCCUGAGGAAAAGAUUAAAGAAAAAGCUCAAAAAUGGCACCAACUUCAAACAAAGCGUUUUGCCGAAAAAAGGAAAUUCGGAUUUGUAGAUGCACAAAAAGAAGACAUGCCACCAGAACAUAUCCGUAAAAUUAUCAGGGACCACGGUGACAUGACAAGUCGAAAAUACCGUCAUGACAAACGAGUUUACCUUGGAGCUUUGAAAUAUAUGCCACACGCUGUCAUGAAACUGUUAGAAAACAUGCCAAUGCCCUGGGAGCAAAUCCGAGAUGUUAAAGUUCUGUACCAUAUAACUGGAGCUAUCACAUUUGUAAAUGAAAUACCAUGGGUCAUUGAACCAGUAUAUAUAGCGCAAUGGGGAACAAUGUGGAUUAUGAUGCGUAGAGAAAAACGUGAUCGUCGCCAUUUCAAACGUAUGAGGUUCCCGCCUUUCGAUGAUGAGGAACCCCCGUUGGACUAUGCUGAUAACAUUCUUGACGUAGAACCUUUAGAACCUAUACAAAUUGAAUUAGAUCCUGAAGAAGAUGCAGCAGUGGCUUCUUGGUUUUAUGACCACAAACCACUGUUAGGUACUAGACAUGUAAAUGGGUCUACAUACAGGAAAUGGAAUUUGUCAUUACCACAAAUGGCUACUCUAUACCGCCUUGCUAAUCAAUUGUUGACUGAUUUAGUUGAUGAUAAUUAUUUCUAUCUGUUUGAUUCUAAAAGCUUCUUUACUGCAAAAGCUUUAAAUAUGGCCAUACCCGGUGGACCAAAAUUUGAGCCACUUGUAAAAGAUAACUCAGCUGGUGAUGAAGAUUGGAAUGAGUUUAAUGAUAUAAAUAAGAUCAUUAUUCGCCAGCCAAUCAGAACAGAAUACAGAAUUGCAUUUCCAUAUCUGUACAACAAUUUGCCGCACUUUGUUCAACUUUCUUGGUAUCAUACACCCAAUGUGGUGUACAUAAAAACGGAAGAUCCAGAUUUACCGGCUUUUUACUUUGAUCCAUUAAUCAAUCCGAUCUCCCAUCGCCACACAGUGAAGUCCCUAGACCCAGUGCCUGAGGAAGAAGAUUUCCUAUUACCAGAAGAUGUAUCACCAUUCCUUCAAGAGACUGCAUUGUACACCGAUAAUACUGCAAAUGGCAUUGCACUUUUAUGGGCUCCAAGACCAUUCAACAUGAGAUCAGGGCGUAGUCGUCGCGCUAUUGACGUUCCCCUUGUCAAGACUUGGUACAAAGAACACUGUCCGCCCGGUCAACCUGUCAAAGUACGAGUCUCUUACCAGAAAUUACUCAAGUACUAUGUACUAAAUGCACUUAAACAUAGACCGCCAAAGCCGCAAAAGAAAAGGUAUCUUUUCCGUUCCUUCAAAUCAACAAAAUUCUUCCAAACGACGACCCUUGACUGGGUGGAAGCUGGUCUUCAAGUUUGUAGACAGGGCUACAAUAUGCUCAACUUACUUAUUCAUCGAAAAAAUCUCAACUAUCUCCAUCUUGACUACAACUUUAAUUUGAAACCUGUCAAAACACUCACCACUAAGGAGAGAAAGAAAUCUCGUUUCGGAAACGCGUUCCACUUGUGUCGUGAAAUUCUCAGGCUUACUAAACUGAUAGUGGACUCUCACGUCCAGUAUCGACUCAAUAACGUCGAUUCCUUCCAAUUGGCUGAUGGUCUGCAAUACAUUUUCGCACACGUCGGUCAACUGACCGGCAUGUACAGAUACAAGUAUAAGCUGAUGAGACAAAUUCGGAUGUGCAAGGACUUGAAACAUCUCGUCUAUUAUAGAUUUAAUACAGGUCCAGUAUCAAAAGGACCUGGGUGUGGGUUCUGGGCACCGGGCUGGCGUGUUUGGCUAUUCUUUAUGCGUGGUAUUACACCUCUACUGGAGCGAUGGCUCGGAAACUUGCUGUCGCGGCAAUUCGAAGGACGACACUCAAAAGGUGUCGCAAAGACGGUGACUAAGCAGCGCGUAGAAUCCCACUUCGACUUGGAGCUACGCGCGUCUGUCAUGCACGACAUCGUCGACAUGAUGCCCGAAGGUAUCAAACAAAACAAGGCUAGAACAAUCUUACAACACUUGUCUGAAGCCUGGAGGUGCUGGAAAGCUAAUAUUCCCUGGAAGGUACCAGGACUUCCAACACCGAUAGAGAACAUGAUUCUCCGUUACGUGAAAAUGAAAGCUGACUGGUGGACCAACACUGCCCACUACAACCGUGAACGUAUCCGUCGAGGCGCCACCGUUGAUAAGACUGUUUGUAAGAAGAACUUGGGACGCCUAACCAGGCUGUAUCUGAAAGCAGAGCAAGAAAGGCAACAUAACUAUUUGAAGGAUGGACCCUACAUUUCACCAGAGGAAGCUGUGGCGAUCUACACAACAACAGUCCACUGGCUCGAAUCUCGCCGUUUCGCGCCGAUUCCAUUCCCUCCACUUUCAUACAAACACGACACAAAGUUGCUUAUCCUAGCUUUGGAACGGUUAAAAGAGGCCUACAGUGUUAAAUCCAGGCUUAACCAGAGUCAAAGAGAAGAGUUAGGUCUUAUAGAACAAGCCUAUGAUAAUCCUCACGAAGCUCUGUCGAGAAUCAAGCGUCACUUGCUUACACAGAGGACUUUCAGAGAGGUGGGCAUCGAGUUCAUGGACCUGUACUCGCACCUGGUGCCCGUGUACGACGUGGAGCCGCUGGAGAAGAUCACGGACGCCUACCUGGACCAGUACCUGUGGUACGAGGCGGACAAGCGCCGCCUGCUGCCGCUCUGGGUCAAGCCGGCCGACACCGAGCCCUCGCCGCUGCUCGUGUACAAGUGGUGCCAGGGUAUCAACAACUUGCAAGACGUGUGGGAGGUCGGUGAAGGCGAAUGUAACGUACUGCUGGAGUCUCGUUUCGAAAAACUUUAUGAGAAGAUCGACUUGACGCUACUCAACCGUCUCUUGCGUCUGAUCGUGGACCACAACAUUGCUGACUACAUGACUGCUAAAAAUAACGUCGUUAUUAAUUAUAAGGACAUGAACCACACAAACUCCUAUGGUAUAAUUCGUGGGCUCCAAUUUGCAUCAUUCAUAGUCCAAUACUAUGGCCUAGUGCUAGAUUUACUUGUACUGGGUCUACAAAGGGCCAGUGAGAUGGCUGGUCCACCACAACUGCCCAAUGACUUCCUCUCCUACCAAGAUAGAGCUGCUGAACAGGCUCAUCCUAUCCGACUGUACUGCAGAUAUAUUGAUCGCAUUCAUAUAUUCUUCAGAUUCACGGCAGAAGAAGCUCGUGAUCUGAUCCAGCGGUAUCUCACAGAGCAUCCUGAUCCCAACAAUGAGAAUAUUGUUGGCUACAACAAUAAGAAGUGCUGGCCCCGAGACGCUAGAAUGCGCUUGAUGAAACAUGAUGUUAACUUAGGUCGUGCAGUGUUCUGGGACAUUAAGAACCGUCUUCCGCGAUCGGUGACAACUAUCCAGUGGGAGAACAGUUUCGUCUCUGUCUACUCCAAGGAUAAUCCUAACCUUUUGUUCAACAUGGCAGGCUUUGAGUGCAGAAUAUUGCCAAAGUGCCGCAGCCAGAACGAGGAGCUGUCGCACCGCGACGGCGUGUGGAACCUGCAGAACGAGGUGACGAAGGAGCGCACGGCGCAGUGCUACCUGCGCGUCGACGACGAGUCGCUCGCGCGCUUCCACAACCGCGUGCGCCAGAUCCUCAUGGCGUCCGGCUCCACCACCUUCACCAAGAUCGUCAACAAGUGGAACACGGCGCUCAUCGGCUUAAUGACAUACUUCCGUGAGGCGGUCGUCAACACUCAAGAACUGCUAGAUCUACUCGUCAAAUGCGAAAACAAAAUUCAGACCCGAAUCAAAAUCGGUCUGAACUCUAAAAUGCCUUCACGUUUCCCGCCAGUUGUGUUCUACACGCCGAAAGAGUUGGGUGGUCUUGGAAUGUUGUCUAUGGGACAUGUUUUGAUACCACAGUCUGAUCUCCGUUGGUCUAAACAAACAGACGUGGGUAUCACUCACUUCAGAUCAGGAAUGUCACAUGACGAAGAUCAACUUAUUCCCAACUUGUAUCGCUACAUCCAACCCUGGGAGGCAGAAUUUGUUGACUCACAGAGAGUGUGGGCUGAGUAUGCUUUGAAGAGACAAGAAGCUAAUGCUCAGAACAGACGAUUAACACUGGAAGAUUUAGAAGACUCGUGGGACAGAGGUAUACCAAGGAUCAAUACAUUGUUCCAAAAAGAUCGACACACUCUUGCCUACGAUAAAGGAUGGCGUAUAAGAACUGAAUUCAAACAAUAUCAGGUUCUAAAACAAAAUCCUUUCUGGUGGACGCAUCAGCGUCACGAUGGUAAACUAUGGAACUUAAAUAACUACCGUACAGACAUGAUCCAAGCGCUCGGUGGCGUUGAAGGCAUACUUGAACAUACACUCUUCAAGGGGACGUACUUCCCCACGUGGGAGGGUUUGUUCUGGGAAAAAGCGUCAGGUUUCGAAGAAUCAAUGAAAUACAAGAAAUUGACAAAUGCACAGCGUUCUGGUUUGAACCAGAUUCCUAAUCGUCGUUUCACUCUCUGGUGGUCGCCGACCAUAAACAGAGCUAAUGUGUACGUCGGUUUCCAAGUACAACUGGAUUUAACGGGUAUAUUCAUGCACGGUAAAAUUCCCACAUUGAAAAUCUCCCUUAUCCAAAUCUUUAGAGCUCACUUGUGGCAGAAAGUCCACGAAUCUAUUGUUAUGGACUUGUGUCAGGUAUUCGAUCAAGAACUCGACGCUUUGGAGAUAGAAACAGUUCAAAAAGAAACCAUUCACCCUCGUAAGUCAUACAAAAUGAACUCAUCUUGCGCCGACAUACUCCUUUUCUCGGCUUACAAGUGGAAUGUGUCACGUCCGUCUUUGCUUGCUGAUACAAAAGACACAAUGGACAACACAACAACUCAGAAAUACUGGUUGGACAUACAACUCCGAUGGGGAGACUACGAUUCUCAUGAUGUAGAGCGAUAUGCUCGAGCGAAAUUCUUAGACUAUACUACUGAUAACAUGUCCAUAUAUCCAUCGCCCACUGGUCUGCUUAUUGCUAUCGACCUGGCCUACAACUUGCACAGUGCAUAUGGCAACUGGUUCCCGGGAUGCAAGCCACUCAUUCAACAAGCAAUGGCAAAAAUAAUGAAGGCUAAUCCUGCUUUAUAUGUACUUCGAGAGCGUAUACGUAAAGCACUACAGCUGUACUCCUCCGAGCCUACCGAGCCAUACCUCUCCAGUCAGAACUAUGGUGAACUGUUCUCCAAUCAAAUUAUUUGGUUCGUCGACGACACAAACGUAUACCGUGUAACGAUUCACAAGACGUUUGAAGGCAACUUGACUACAAAACCCAUCAACGGAGCAAUCUUCAUCUUCAACCCACGCACUGGACAACUGUUCCUUAAGAUCAUUCACACCAGUGUAUGGGCUGGUCAGAAACGUUUAGGACAGCUCGCAAAAUGGAAAACCGCCGAAGAAGUUGCGGCUUUGAUUCGUUCAUUGCCGGUUGAAGAGCAACCUAAACAAAUCAUUGUCACAAGAAAAGGAAUGUUGGAUCCUCUUGAGGUUCACUUGCUCGACUUUCCGAACAUUGUGAUCAAGGGCUCCGAGCUGCAACUGCCCUUCCAAGCUUGCCUUAAAGUAGAGAAGUUUGGAGAUCUCAUUUUAAAGGCGACAGAACCGCAGAUGGUACUAUUCAACUUGUACGAUGACUGGCUCAAGACUAUAUCAUCAUACACAGCAUUCAGCAGACUGAUCCUAAUAUUGCGUGCGUUGCACGUGAAUACGGAAAGGACGAAGGUUUUACUAAAACCAGACAAGACAACAUUAACGGAACCUCAUCAUAUCUGGCCUACUUUGUCUGAUGAUGAUUGGAUCAAGGUUGAGGUUCAACUGAAAGAUCUCAUUCUGGCCGAUUAUGGCAAGAAGAACAAUGUGAAUGUAGCGUCACUAACUCAAUCUGAGAUUCGAGACAUUAUCUUGGGUAUGGAGAUAUCGGCACCUUCAGCCCAAAGGCAACAAAUAGCUGAAAUUGAGAAGCAAAGCAAGGAGCAGAGUCAACUCACAGCAACCACCACUCGAACUGUAAACAAACACGGUGAUGAGAUUAUUACUUCAACAACCAGUAACUACGAGUCACAGACCUUUAGUUCAAAGACGGAAUGGAGAGUACGUGCGAUAUCCGCAACGAACCUCCACUUGCGUACGAACCACAUUUACGUGAGCUCUGACGACAUCAAAGAAAGUGGUUACACAUACAUCUUACCGAAAAACUUGCUCAAGAAGUUCGUCACAAUAUCGGAUUUGAGAGCACAGAUCGCGUGCUACCUCUAUGGCACGUCGCCUCCAGACAACCCACAAGUCCGAGAGGUCCACUGCGCCGUACUACCCCCACAGUGGGGGACACAUCAAGCGGUACAUUUACCGCGACAGCUACCCAAACACCCGGCUCUUGCCCAUCUACAGCCAUUAGGCUGGAUGCACACACAACCUAAUGAAUUGCCGCAACUAUCUCCUCAGGACAUAACAACACAUGCUAAAAUUAUGUCCGAGAAUCCUUCAUGGGAUGGUGAAAAAACUAUAAUAAUUACAUGUUCAUUCACUCCUGGGUCUUGUUCUCUGACUGCUUACAAACUAACACCUAGUGGCUAUGAAUGGGGCGCUAAGAACACGGACAGGGGUAACAACCCUAAGGGCUAUUUGCCUAGUCAUUAUGAAAGGGUCCAGAUGCUGCUCUCGGAUCGUUUUCUUGGGUACUUCAUGGUUCCAUCGCAGGGCAGUUGGAAUUAUAAUUUCAUGGGUGUCCGUCACGAUCCAAAUAUGAAAUAUGGUGUCCAACUUGGAAAUCCCCGUGAAUUCUAUCAUGAAGUGCAUCGGCCUGCUCAUUUCAUGAACUUUGCAGCAAUGGAGGACUCAACCGCUCCCACACUUGCCGCAGAUAGGGAAGAUCACUUCGCUUAGAUGUAAAAUUAAUAUAGAAUUAAAAAAAAAUUAAUUAACCUUAUAUUUAAUCUUAAGUAAAAGCUUGUUAGUUUUGUUUGCUGAAUGUAAGUCCUACUUUGUUUGAAAACUGUAAAUAAAUGGGAUAUAAUACCAA